AUGGUCCUGGAAGCAGGAGAAAUAUGGAGCCGGCAGCUGGAGCGAGGCAGCCAAGUGCGCUGGUUCCGCUGCCUGUUCCAGCUGCCAGAGGUGACGGUGGCUUUCAGCCUGGGGACACUGCCCGUCGCCUGCGUGCUGGCUGCUGCAGUGGGCCUUGCUGGUGUCCUGGACCUGGCGGACCCUGUGUUUGUGGUGUCAGACUACAGGCUGGUGUCGCCCCUCCCUUGCGCGCUCAACUCCUUGCGUGAAAUCUCUGCCUCCAGAGGUGUCCGAGGGGCAGCGGAGAGUGCGGGGCCGUCCUGCUCGCCGCCGCCUUUCAGCCUCUCCUCACCCCUCUUUCCCACGGCCUCAUUGAAGGAACAGGCCUUCCGCAGGGCCCCUGGCCGGCACCGGGCGGCCCAGCCGCGGCUGCAGUGGCACGGACCAGCCUCGGGACCUGGGGGCGAGGCCUGCUGCGCCCACGGCCUGGCUUUCGCUGGGCAGGCUGGCCGCUUCUCCAGCCCCUGCCCGACAUUUGGCUCCCGCUUCCGGUUGGCUUUUCUUCUCCGCAACAGACCUCUUCAGCCUCGGCCACUGCAGAUCCGGGCGCUGCCAGAGGCAGCUUCUCCCGGAGGCGCCCGGGCCGCCCGGCGUCGCAGGGCUGGGAUUAUAGGCCUUCGGCCCCACACCCAGCUCAGCCUGUUCCUUAUUGGACAGUGUUUUCUGUCUGUGAUUGCGAACGAUGCAUGCUUUCCAGUGGCUGCCGAGCUGCGAGCGUACCUCAAGUCCAAAGGAGCGGAAAUCUCGGAGGAGAACUCGGAAGGCGGGCUUCAUGUGGACCUAGCUCAGAUCGUUGAAGCCUGUGACGGCUGUCUGAAGGAAGACGAUAAGGAUGUGGAAAGUGUGAUGAACAGUGUGGUCUCCCUGUUACUGAUUCUUGAACCGGACAAGCAGGAGGCCCUGAUCGAAAGCCUGUGUGAAAAGCUGGUCAAAUUCCGGGAAGGCGAGCGUCCGUCUCUGAGACUGCAGCUGCUUAGCAACCUUUUCCAUGGGAUGGAUAAGAACACCCCGGUGAGGUACGUGGUGUACUGCAGCCUCGUUAGAGUGGCGGCGUCCUGCGGGGCCAUCCAGUAUGUGCCUACAGAGCUGGACCAGGUUAGAAAAUGGAUUUCUGACUGGAAUCUCACCACGGAAAAGAAACACACCCUUUUAAGGCUACUUUAUGAGGCACUCGUGGAUUGUAAGAAAAGCGAUGCAGCUUCAAAAGUCAUGGUGGAAUUGCUUGGAAGUUACACGGAGGACAAUGCUUCUCAGGCGCGAGUCGAUGCCCACAGGUGCAUUGUACGAGCAUUGAAAGAUCCAAAUGCCUUUCUUUUUGACCAUCUUCUUACUUUAAAACCAGUCAAGUUUCUGGAAGGCGAGCUUAUUCAUGAUCUUUUAACCAUUUUUGUGAGCGCUAAGUUGGCAUCAUAUGUCAAGUUUUAUCAGAAUAACAAAGACUUCAUUGAUUCACUUGGCCUUUUACACGAGCAGAACAUGGCAAAGAUGCGACUGCUCACUUUCAUGGGGAUGGCAGUGGAGAACAAAGAGAUUUCCUUCGAUACCAUGCAGCAGGAACUUCAGAUUGGGGCUGACGAUGUGGAAGCCUUUGUGAUUGACGCGGUAAGAACUAAAAUGGUCUACUGCAAAAUUGAUCAGACCCAGAGAAAAGUAGUUGUCAGUCAUAGCACACACCGGACAUUUGGAAAACAGCAGUGGCAGCAACUGUAUGACACACUUAAUGCCUGGAAACAAAACUUGAACAAAGUGAAAAACAGCCUUUUGAGUCUUUCUGAUACCUGAAUUUUUAUGCAUAUGAUACUGGGGUUUUCUGGGGGAAGAAAAUUAAAUCAUAGUAAAAUGUUAAAACUAA